AUGCAAUUCAAGAACAUCAUCCUGGCUGCGGCCCUGACACUGGGUACUUCCUUAUUUGCUGUUACGAGCGCCUCUGGCCUCGCCAUUGGCCUGCAAAACAAUAUAGCCGGGCUUGAUAUCGGCCAGAAGCAGACCACUCUGCUCUUGAACCACCUCAACCAUCACACGGGUGCUGUCACUGCCGACGAUGUUAUUUCCUCCUACAACGCGACUGCCAACACCGAGGCCAAGGAUUUGGAAAUGAUGGACAUGAUGCAGAUCGACGAGGUACCAGUUGAUUGUGUUCAAAUGGUUCUUUGUCAGGCCUUCCACGGGUUUGCUCUGAGCAGUAUCGAGGCGAAUAACGCCUUUGUUGACAACGUUGUCUCCUUCAACAAGGCCCAGCGCAAGACCCUGCGCGAAAUUAUCGCUAAGAACAAGGACAACGUUGCUGCUUUCCUCGACCGCGUCGCGAGUAGGGCGCUGCCCUUUUGCGUCUCCACUAUUAAGAUUGACAACUCCGCUAUUUACGCCUCCCUUGACAAGGCCACCCAGGCUCUUGAUCCCGAGGAGACUUUUGAGUUCCCAACGGCCAACGUUUGA